AUGGCACAUUGCUUCAUACAAAUAAUUAUUCCACAGGUCAAGAAUAUCCUUAAAAACCCAGAUGAAUGGAUCGGCAAGCGGGCUGACGCUUACGGGGGUUCGUACAUAGCAGUGGAAAUUGCAGAGGCUCUAAAGAGGAAGACGGCGAAAAAUGUUGUUCUGAACGAAGUCACGCACGAGCAGUUCAACAGUAAAGAGUUUCACGAUGCACUGGGCGAUCUGUUCUGGUUGACCAACCAAUACAUUGUCGAUGGAGGAAUGGUCCAAGAUGCGGAACUGUCGAAGCGAGCCAACCCAAAUGGUUCCAACCUUGAGCAAUUUCUCGAGAGGGAUGAGGCCAUCAAAGCUUUUCUUUCCUCAUGA